UUACGUAAGACACCAUCUUGACCUAAGAACGUAUUUUCACAACAUAACAAAAAACUGUAAAAACAGUUUAACAAGAUUAAAAUAUAAUUUUUUCCCUAAAUCUUGUUCGUCGUACGAACCGUGUUAUAAAUACUUUGUGAAAUGAAACGCGCUUCGCGUGACCGUGUACCACGCGUAUCACUGAGAGUUGUUAUAUAUUGAUGGUGCAUUGCUGCAAUUUAGUGCUAAAUUCUGUCUCCGGCAUAUAGGAAAGGAAAAAACACCGUGUUACAGAUCAGGAGUGAUAUUGUGAUGUGUGUUACGAAAAGAUACGCCCUCUUGUGGUUGUAAGUAAGGAAAGCGUGACGUGAAAUCUGUACUGGGUUUACAGACAACUCCCUCAACCAUCUUCUUCGCAGACCGCGGCUGCCACAUUUUAAAUGAUAGGGCAAUCUACCACAAGUCGGGCUGAAAAAGUGAAUGCGGUCCAUAAAAAUCCAACGCUCUCAGUAAGCCGAAAAUUGCGAAAUCGCGAAGAAACAUAUUGGGUAUUUGCAGGCGUCUUCUGACUGUCAUCAAGAAACGCAUAGCAUCUACCCAGCUGUCAACGCUUAACCAAGCAGGCAGAGAGGCCUCUCUCUACCUUACUUGGCCCAAACCAACCACAAGUACUGAGGAGUCCAGAUGAGCAAAGUUACCCAUGGCCUGCGUUCACGAACCCUCUGCUCCUUCCCCCACUCUCUCGGGCUUCAGCACCCCCCUGUCAGAGGCGCCGUUCCGUAGACGAGAUACCGACACAUCAGCCUGCACCCCGGAGACAGAUCUGACUCCCACUCAGUGUGUCCUGCGCAAUGUGUUGUCAAUCGACACAGGGGGCAGCGCAGUGUCGAAUAAAGGCUGCGGCCACAGCUGCGAUCAGACCCUCACACCGAGUUAUGAGCCAGCCGAGCACUUCGUCAAUAGUGUGCUGGAACUGCAUGAGAGCGGUGCAGCCGGGGAGGUGGGCCGUGAUGUGGAAGUCGGGGCCACUCGUGGCCAAUUAGACAACAGCAGGCUGCAUUGCCACUCGGAAAGUGGAGGCUUUCUGGAGGGAUUGUUUGGCUGCUUAAAGCCUGUGUGGACAAUGAUCGGCAAAGCCUACUCCACUGAACAGAAGCACAGUCAGGAAGAGCUCUGGGAGGUACCAUUUGAGGAGAUUUCUGAUCUACAGUGGGUAGGCAGCGGGGCACAGGGUGCUGUCUUCCUUGGGAAGUUCCGGGGAGAGGAAGUGGCAGUCAAGAAAGUGCGUGACAUCAAAGAGACGGACAUCAAGCACCUGCGCAAGCUGAAGCACCCAAACAUCAUCACGUUCAAGGGGGUUUGUACCCAAGCACCUUGUUACUGCAUCAUUAUGGAGUACUGUGCUCAAGGGCAGCUUUAUGAGGUCCUGCGAGCAGGUCGCAAGAUUACACCUUCUCUGCUGGUAGACUGGUCCAUGGGCAUCGCAGGAGGCAUGAACUACUUGCACCUCCACAAGAUCAUCCACCGUGACCUCAAAUCUCCCAACAUGCUGAUCACCUCUGAUGAUGUGGUGAAGAUAUCAGAUUUCGGUACCUCCAAGGAGCUCAGUGACAACAGCACCAAGAUGUCGUUUGCUGGCACUGUAGCCUGGAUGGCACCAGAGGUGAUUCGCAAUGAGCCUGUUUCAGAGAAGGUAGAUGUCUGGUCAUUUGGGGUGGUGCUGUGGGAGCUGCUGACGGGUGAGAUUCCGUACAAGGAUGUAGACUCUUCUGCUAUCAUCUGGGGUGUCGGCAACAACAGCCUGCAGCUGCCAGUCCCAAAUAGCUGUCCGGAUGGUUUCAAGAUCCUGCUGCAGCAGUGCUGGAACUUCAAGCCGAGAAACAGACCGUCUUUCCGCCAAAUUCUGCUCCACUUGGACAUCGCAUCGGCUGACGUUCUGUCUACCCCACAGGAAACUUACUUCAAAUCCCAGGCUGAGUGGCGUGAGGAGGUGAAGCAUCACUUUGACAAGAUUAAGUCAGAGGGUACAUGCCUGCACCGGCUGGAUGAGGAGCUGGUGAGGAGGCGCAGAGAGGAGCUGAGGCAUGCUCUGGACAUUCGGGAGCAUUACGAGAGGAAGUUGGAGCGAGCCAACAACCUUUACAUGGAGCUGAAUGCAGUCAUGCUGCAGCUUGAGCUCAAGGAGAAGGAGCUGCUGAGGAGAGAGCAGUCUUUAGAGAGAAAGUACCCAGGAUUCCUCAAACACAGCUCAACUUCAAUGGAGAAAUUUAUUAAAAAGCGAAAUGUUCCACAAAAAUUGCCCUCACUGAGCAAGAGGCCGGAUAUCCUGAGGUCAGACGUGAUCUUUCCGAAGCUGGAUUGCUCCCUGACGCAGGUAACAUUUCCAUCCUGCCCAAACAAAGGAUCGACAUCGCCAGGUCGCUCUCACCGAGCGAAGACGCGUCACCGCAAGGCUGGCAAGGGUAGCAGUGGUGACCUGAGGGUGGCACAGUCUUCAUGCCACCGUGACUUCCAGGCCGCCGCUCAUGGGGCCACGCCCUGCAGUACCAUCCCCCCCAAGCAGCACCUGGAUCCCAGUGCUGCCCUGAGGGGCGUGCAGCAUGAUCAACUACUGAAGAAGAUGUCCUCAUCCAGCCCUGACCUCAUCUCCACUGCCCUGGAGGCUGAAGGGCAAAGCAAGGCCCAGUCCACUGGGCUGGACAAGGGGAGCAGCCAGAGUGCUUCUGCAGGCCUAGGGGAAGCUGUGGGUGGAGAAGAUGACCUUGAGGAAACUCCACCCCGCAGCGACACCCCCAGUGAGGACGCCGCUUCCAUUCCAUUUUCCAGCAGCCCAGACUCUCCUUGUGGCAAAGGGGCGGCUGCCAGCAGGUCCUCCGCCCUAGGAAACCUCCGUAUGUCCAAUGACGGAGAAGAACGGGCGGAGGGUGUGGGACUACCCCGUUUACCCAGGGGAGCCAGCGGUGGGCAGCACCUUACACCGGCAGCAAUCCUCUACAGGGCAGCAGUCACACGCAAACAGAGGCGAGGCUUGUCGUCUGAGGAGGAAGAAGGAGAAGUGGACAGCGAGCUGGAGUUUCCAAGGAGACGACGGGUAGUUGGUGCGGCCAAGUGCCAGUCUCCAUCCACACUUAGCUCGGAGAACGCUUCCGUGUCUGAUGGUGAGGAGGGCAACACCAGCGACCGCUCCCGCAGCGGUACCCCGGACGUGGUCAGCAACAACACUGACGACCUCCUGUCCCAGGGCUCGGAGAUCCCUGCCGAUACCCCUGACGUCGCUCAAGUCUCUGAGGGCUCAUCUGGCAGAGAAGCUGCUCUGCGCAGGAUCACCAUUGAACAGAACAACUGUGAGGCCAUGUGUGACGACUCAGACUGCGACAGCGCUGAGCUUGACCACUCAGGCAGUGCUGAACCAAGUGGACCCCGAACCAGCUGUGACCUUAAAGGACCCCCACUUUGACUAUCCAGACAGGCCCGGAUAUGGACAUAUUUAUCCUCACUGGUGCACCCUCUCCUCUGGCCUUGCAAAAACACUUCAACUCCAACCAGCCAUUGGGAACCUGACCCUGGGGCACCUGCAAAGCCAUAUAGCUCCCAUACCUCACAGAGGGGGGGCUUUCAGUACUGCAGCUCCUACUUUUUUUAUAUACUUAAAGUGUAAUUAUAUGUAGUUUCCAUGUAAAGGGACAGGAAGUGCAAAGAUUGACAAAGAUACCAGUGCGUACUUUGACUUUCAGCACUUUCAAGUGAGCCUGAAGUUCAAAAUCAUGUUUAUAAUUUUAAAUUAUUUUUAUUUGACAGAUAUAUUUGGGGUUAUAUUACUGUUUAUUACGUCACGUGUAUGUAUGCAUUUUGCAGUUAUACCAACCUCCAAAGGUUGUAAAAAUAGUUUUUAAAGGAGCAUCUCUUGCCCAGUAGUGCUCCAGAAGAGCUAAACAUGUCCAGCUAAAAACCUAGAAUGAAUGUUCUAAUCUGGCCUCCUGGCUCUCUAACUCAUGAAUUUUAAAUAUCGACGGACCGGCUUCAUUUCCCUUGUAGAUGUAUAAGCCUGAAUUCACAUUGUGCGAACACAGGAUCACAUUGUAGGCCAUUAAUGAGGCAACUCAAAAAGAAAAUGUCUGAGUGAUGGAACAUACAUCCUGCUUCCAGCAGUGGAGACACUUUUACCGCCACUAGAGCUAAUGGAGUACUGCUUACUUGUUACUCUAUUCUUCUCUGGUGGUGAAGCAACCUUUAGGGAAAAGUAGGGGGCAUGAUUUGCCACAAAUGUAACAUAGAAUAUAUGUAUUUAACAAUGAUUAAUAAACUUCACAAAUUCA